AUUAAAUGAAAUGAAAAAUAAAACAAAAAAUGUAAUAAUAAUAAAAAUAAUAAUAAAAAAAAAAAACUGAAUAAUGUGUAUGCAAACAUAAAUUGAAUGUAGGAACAUUUAAUAUUUAUAAAUGUAGUAUUCCGUGUAAAAUCGAUUUUCAUGUAAAAGUCGUAGAAAACUUUGUAUUUUACUGCAAAAUCAGCAACUCAGAGCAUCAGCAGCAGCUACACACAUAAAUUGUAAUUUAUUAAUUUAUAGCACUACUCCGGCGUAUAAACUUCUUCUGUUUUUGCCUUCGCCUUUGCCUUUGCCGUUGCUGUUGCCGUUGCCGUUGCCGUUGCCUUCCUCGCUGUAUGCCACGUUAUGAACAAAACAACAGCACAACGUGCUUCUCAUUUCAUCAGCGUCGCACAGUAAAAAACUUUGCCCAUUACUGCUGCACUGGCACAAAACGUACAAAGUCUUUUUAUUUGAACAUUCAAGGCCUAGAGAGACGAACGGUACACGAUAGAGAAACAGAGAAAGAAAUACGUCAGUAAGAGUAACCGUUGAAAACUCGGUACAUAAUAUUGAUUUACAGUUAAUAUUCAAUUGAAAAUGAAUUUAACGAAAAACAUAAUGGAUUUUACUGUACGUGCGCGAGGUACUGAUCUUGUAGGCUUAGAAGCUUCCGAUGAAGUUUGUGCAACAAAUCAUGACUCAACAAUCACACCAAAUUCCGAAGCACAUGUUGAAUUUGUGGCACCGGCUGGAGUCGAACUUUCGCGAAAAACCACAAAUUGGGAAAGAGAAAAACUUCGAAAUCCUUCUACGCCAGAAUUAUUAGAAAAUAUGGAUAAAUCGAUAAUAAAAGCGAGUACCAAUUGCGAUUUAACUCCACCGCCCAGGCCGCUGACAUCAAGUGAGGUUGUGGGUUUUACAAGCGCUUUUGAGGAUCCCGAUAUCAAUGUGGAAGCGACGUUAGCUCUUAAAAAGUCUCGAUCUUUACCAGCUUCACCCAAUCAUUUAGGAAAUGUUCGUUUGACGCCACUAUUUGCUUUUACUUCACGGAAAACUUUUGAACCUCCCAAAAUAGCUGAAACAUACGCGAUCAAUAAGGAGCCAAGAACUAUUAAGCAACAUUUUGAGACUGACAAACGCAACAAUCAACAAUUUUGCUUGCGUUGGAAUAAUUAUCAAAACAAUCUAACAAAUGUUUUCGAUGAGCUGUUGCAAAAUGAGUCUUUCGUUGAUGUUACAUUGGCAUGUGAAGGUCAAUCGAUAAAAGCCCACAAGGUAGUCUUAUCAGCCUGCUCUCCAUAUUUUCAAAGGUUAUUUUAUGAUAAUCCAUGCCAACAUCCAAUUGUGAUUAUGCGUGAUGUUCGGUGGCAAGAAUUAAAGGCUUUAAUGGAGUUCAUGUAUAAAGGAGAAAUUAACGUUAGCCAAGAUCAGAUAAAUCCUUUGCUUAAAGUCGCUGAGAUGUUGAAAAUUAGAGGCUUAGCCGAAGUUAAUUCUACCGGCACGGCAGCAGCGCAUCCCAUGGUCUUAGAACAGCGUAUGGCGGUGUAUGAAAGCGAUGAGGAAAAGCCCAUUGAAAAUGAUGAACCUUAUGCAGACGGAGAAGAUAUAAUUAACAGACAAAAAGCGAAACGGCCAAGAAUAAAUGAUACGAAAAAAAUCCGUUCAAAAUUGGAUAUAAAUUUUGCACCGAAUCGAACAAGGAAACGUUCGCGAGAUGGCUUACUAAUGGAUACUGAUCGUUUUUUUUCAAGUAGUUCGCAUAACGAUACUUAUGAUUAUUCAAAAUCAUCAACAGGUAAUUUUGUUGAGAAGAAUGUUCCUUCGUCGGUACCAACCGCAAUGACCACCUCAACUAUUGUGCGUAAUCCAUUUGCAUCACCAAAUCAAACAAAUCAUCAGGCAUCAGAUGUCGAUGCGAAGAAAGCUUUUUUAACAUCAUCGCUCGCUUCUUCUCAUUCUGCUGCAUCAUCGGAUGCUUCGUCAUCAUCAGUAACUUUACCAUUUCGCUCCAUGACACGAAGUUGCUCACCUUCUUUAGCUGCUGCAACCCACACAAGCAGAGAAAUUUUAGCUUUGGUUUCACCGACGGAGAGUCAAAAUUCAGCUCACAGCCGUUCUGCUGGAUCCGUGGGCAAUGCCUUGACUGAUCCAAAUCAUCCUCAUCAUCAAGCUGUCGCUGCAGCUCAACAAUUGGCCGCCCAACAUCAAUUUCAUACAGCAGCUCAAUCUCAUGCAGUUAUGGCCAGCGCAUUGGGUGUCUCAUUGGCUGCGGUUGCAGCUGGCGCAUCAUCAGCAAGUGGUAUUACAAAUAAUACUGGAAAAAUCACCACCGGUCCUCCUUCCCAUCAUGACGAUAUGGAAAUCAAACCAGAAAUCGCAGAGAUGAUACGCGAAGAAGAAAGAGCAAAAAUGAUUGAAAGCGGUCAUCCUUGGACGGCCGGCACAUCAAGUACAUCUGUCACAGACAGCUACCAAUACCAAUUGCAGUCCAUGUGGCAGAAGUGUUGGAAUACGAAUCAACAAAAUCUGGUCCAACAAUUAAGAUUUCGUGAGCGAGGCCCAUUAAAAUCAUGGCGGCCCGAGGCCAUGGCCGAGGCUAUAUUUAGCGUGCUAAAGGAAGGUUUAUCGUUAUCACAGGCCGCCCGAAAAUAUGAUAUUCCCUAUCCGACAUUUGUUUUAUACGCAAAUCGGGUCCAUAAUAUGCUGGGCCCCUCCUUAGACGGUGGCUCCGAUCCACGUCCAAAGGCUAGAGGGCGUCCUCAACGUAUUCUACUUGGCAUGUGGCCUGAUGACUUAAUACGUUCUGUUAUUAAAGCAGUUGUUUUCAGAGAUUACCGCGAAAUUAAGGAUGAAUUAGGCGGUCUCUCUUAUGUAAACGGCCAACCAAAUGUGCCUCCUCAUUUCAGCAAUCCAAAUACAAUUAUAACUAAUGGAAUGCAUAAUGCCGCGAAGCUCGCUGUGCAAAAUACGAUUUUAGCAUCCCAAGAAUCAUCGAGUCCUUUGAAUUCAAUGACAGAAAAUUUCCGUCGUCAUAUUAUUUCUCAACAGCAGCAGCAUUCUCCUGUUUCGCAGAAUAUGAAUUUGUACAAAUCUCCGGCUUAUUUACAGCGAUCAGAAAUGACAGAACAAUCGCCCGAUUUGCUCUCAAAACAAAUGAGCGAACGUAGAAGUGCAGAAAAUUUAGCAGACCUUAGCAAAUUGGGCUUAAUGAAUUUAUCUGGUUUGAAUGCUUUACCUCCGAGCGGACCAUGCCCAAAUCAAUCCAUACACCAUAAUGCGAACACCUAUACAAUCGAGCGUGAAAUGGAAUGUAGCCGCGAAAAGGAAAGAGAUCAUAAAUUGAAAGAAGCCAUUCAAGCGAGACAAUUUGGAAAUUGCUCUCGGGGUUCUGCUACUGGUGCUAGUGAUGGUCAAAAACAGCCACCUCAGUCUUGCUUCAGUACGGGACCGUCGUCGCCAUAUCCGUAUUUUAAAAAUAAAGAUCAUGCCAUACAGUACGCGUAUAAUAAAAAAUUUUUAGAAAACCUUCCACCCGGCAUCGACUUUGAAGCGAUAGCUAAUGGUUUAUUUCAAAAGUCUGCCGUUAAAAGUCCGCGCUUCGAAGAUUUAUUUUCUGGUCAAGAUGGUAAUGAGCUGUUACCUAAUAAUGAGACGGGUGUAGCUACCGCUUUCCCUUCUCAAAGAGAUAGUAAUUUAAUGCAAAUCAAGUUGGAACAACAGCAGAUCACUGAAAUGCAAAACGAAGGCUAACUAUACCGGAAAUUGACGAACUGCUAGAAGACUAAGUGCGCGUUUAUUAAUUGAUUUAAGAAAGAAGGCAAAAAUGUUUAUUCGGCUUAGGACGAAUUUUAAUACCCACCGCUGAAUCAAUCAAGUGAAAUUCCAAGAUAAAUUUCAUAUCCCUUUGCAAACUUAUUACUCUCUUCAAUCCAUAUCUGCGGCUAACCUUAUUAUGGAGGAUGACCUUCGUGGAUGUGAAACAUAUGUUGAAGUCACAAAAGGAUUCGCAAAAUCGUUAGUAUCUGGUGCUGGUGGUAGUGGUGGGUCAGCAUGAGUAUAUUAAAUGACUGCUAUUUGUCCCCACGUAAUUAAGCUCUAAGUAUAUAUAAUAAUAUAUA